CUUUCCAAUUCGGUUCUCUCUCCUCAGCCCUCCUCCCUCUCUCUCUUUCUCUUCUGUUUUUUGUAUAACCUUUCUGUGUUAACAAUGGCGGGAACCCAACAAAAACGCCAAAGAGAAGAAUCCCGUGAAGAAGAAGAAGAAGCAGAAGCUAGCCGAGUCGAGUUUAGUAAGCGUGAAAACUCGUACAAUAACAUACUCUCCAUUCUUGAUGAUGAACAAGAAUAUUACCCAAGUCAAGAUUUAUCAGCAAUUCUGACAACCCUUCAACAAGAACUCUCAUGUUCAAGUACCACUUCCACCACCACUUCCACCGCCGCCACCUUCGACUUUGACUAUCUUCCUGCCACCACGGAGGAAGAAGCUGAGUUAGAAUUCGAUUAUCAACAGGACCUAGCUGCAGGAGGUGGUAGCGGUGGCGUAAAGAAAUAUGAAGAAGAAGAAGACGAUGGGGUUAGAGUCAUGAAACACCUCCUUGAGGCGUCUGAUGAUGAGCUUGGGAUCCCUAACAGAGUGGAUGAAGGGAUAACUUCCGGCAAAAAUCCGCCUCCUCCCUUUGCCUUUUCCGAUGGACUGUGGGAGCUUGAAGAUGAGACUGCUAAUCACUAUACAAUUUUGCAGUCUGAAUUUUUUAUGUAGCAUUUGGAGUAAAAUGAAACAAUAGGAAAACUUUAGGGGUAUAAAGAGGAAAAGAAAAGGAAAGCAAAUGGAAAGCAUUUUUGGGUUUUUCAUUUUGGUCCCUUAUCUUUUGUAUAACAUCAAAUGUAACCCUCUCUUAAGUCUAGAGGCUAGAAGAUUUUAGAAAGUGUAAGCAAACCAAAUGAUUAACCAUAGCUGUAUUUGUCGAGGACAUGUUUGGUACCGUCGAUCAUAUUAAACUUGACCAGAAUAUAAAAGUUAUGUUGAUAAGAUUUA